UUUGCCCUUAGCUCUGUAAAAGGGAUAAACGAAGAAUAUAUUUCAAGAGAACCAGUGGUGUCGAUUUUGCUCGCCUGCAACGAUUUUCUCAUCCAAGUUGGAUCGGAUUCGGGUUUUAUAUUUUUUUCGAAGAACCCGUGUCCGUGGUUUCGAUCCAGAGUAGAAAGUCUCAACCUUUUUAUCGCUUUCCUUAAGUUGAAUCAAGAACCCUAAACCUAAAUUUAUCCUUUUUGUUAAAUUUUCGAUUCGUCUGAGUGCUACUCCUUCUCUCAUCAACGUGAUCGGUUGUGUUUUUGUAGAAAGACCAAAACUUUUCUUCAAUUUAGAUCGGAUUAGAGUCAGUGAGGAUGUCUUGGGCUGGUCCUGAAGAUAUUUAUCUUUCGACUUCACUCGCUAGUUAUCUCGAUAGAAAAAUACUUGUGCUCCUUAGAGAUGGUAGAAAGCUUAUGGGAACUCUCCGUUCUUUUGAUCAAUUCGCCAAUGCGGUUCUAGAAGGUGCGUGCGAGAGGGUCAUUGUAGGUGAGCAAUACUGCGACAUUCCUUUAGGCCUCUAUGUAAUCCGUGGAGAGAAUGUUGUUCUGAUUGGUGAGAUGGACACAGAGAGAGAGGAGCUUCCUCCACACAUGAUUCGCGUCUCAGAGACAGAGAUAAAAAGGGCGCAAAAAGUGGAGAGGGAAGCGGGUGAGCUGAGAGGAACAAUGAGGAAGAGAAUGGAGUUUCUUGACUUUGAUUAAGCACUGGAUUUGUGGCCCCAUUCAUUUCUCUUGGCUCGCAAGUUUUAUGAGGAGCCUUUUUUUAGUGUAUGGAUGGAGAGAUAUGUUGGUUUAUAGGUCUCAUUUUCAUUCUGGAAAAAUUAUGACAAACAUAAUAUGUUGUUUGUACUUGUUUUUACCCUUACAAAUUGCAAAUUAUUUUACAA